CGCCUUACCUAAGCGACCUCAUUUUUGUGCAUGUGCAAAUCCGAUUAGGUAAGGAGAGUGAGUAUCUAAGCAUGCGCCGGUGGAGACCUCAACUUUGAGGCUCCAGGUACGUACCGGCCGGGACCGAGCUCGAAAUGGAGCUUCUCUAAAUUUUUGCGACGACAUCAUCGCUGUACCUGGCACCGACGCGAAAUCCCAUCCACGAACGAACCGCCCAUCUUGCACCCUCACUCACGCCUAUCCACUCCCUUUCAGCCAAUACCAAACAGCUACCGACAAGAUGUUCGGAGGAUUCGCGCCCCCCCAGCUUUCCGAGGAGGAGAUCAAGCAGAUGGAGGCUGAGGCCAACUUCUCCAUCCAGCAGGUCGUCGUCUCUGCCGUCCUUCUGUACCUCUCCCCUUUUGUCAUUGAUGCCGCCUCCAAGGUCUUGUAAAGGACUUGCCAUUCACCAACGACAAAAUCGAUGAGCUUGCCAAAGUUCAGGAUCACGACAAUAAAACAAGAACCGCGAGGGGGUGCUCUCUUCGAGUAAUCUGGUUUAGGCACCAAUGAAGCGCUGCUAGCCACCAACCCGCCUCAGGGAUGUGUAAUGGGAACAAUUACCCCUGUUGUAAAAUAAAUAUCAUCUGUACAGUGUAGACGACGACUGGUUGGAUGGGCUAUGGGUAUAGAUCACAUCGGAAUCAGGGUUAAAAAAAAUCAC